AACAGGGGAAGAAGAAGCUGCUUAAGGGGGAAGUGUUGCAGUGUGCAGAUCAAUUCUGUGGCGCUGCGUAGAUGUCAACCAGGGUUUUUAGCAACUAAUCAGAAAAACAUAUUUCAUUGCAAUUUUUUAACUAAAUAUACAACGUCACAGAAUGGCCACUGAUUCAGGCUACGGUGGCUCGCAGAGCUACGGGUCAUAUGGAGGUCAGCAGAGUGGACAGGGUUAUGGACAAGGAAAUGGCAGUGGCUCUUACGGCGGGCAGAGUUACAGUGGGUAUGGACAGCCAGCCGCAGCAACACAAGGUAUAGCAGCAACUCAAGAUGCUUAUGGGCAGUCUCAGCCACCGAGCUAUGAUAAUUACGGACAGGCUCCAGCUGGGUAUAGCGACAAGCCGGCCGCUCCUCCAGGGCCUCCAGGUGCCUAUGGUACCCAGGUUCCAGGAGCAGACAGCUUUGGAACGCAAAACUCCUACGGUGCCCAGGGGCCACGAGGGGGUGGCGGCGCCAGCUACGGGCGAUGGAGUGAAGGUGACGACGGUGGUCAGGGUGGGAGUUUUGGACGAGACCGCGGUGAUCGCUCCGAAGGAGGGGGCUUCAGAGGCCGAGGCCGUGGUGGCUAUGACCGCGGUAGCUAUGACCGCAGUGGGGGAUAUGACCGCAGCGGUGGAUACGACCGUGGCGGAGGACCUCCUGGUAUGGGAGGUGGUGACCGUGGUGGCUACAAAAAUUACGGUGGCUCUCGUGACUUCGACUCAAGGGAUGAACCAGCUGGUGACACGGACAACUCUGACAACAACACCAUUUUUGUUCAGGGACUGGCAGAAGAAGCCACAGUUCAAGAAAUCGGCGAUUACUUUAAGCAGAUUGGUAUUAUAAAGGUAAACAAGAAAACUGGCCUGCUAAUGAUCAACAUCUACACUGACAAGGGCACCGGUCGGCCAAAGGGAGAAUGCACGGUGUCAUUUGAUGAUCCGCCCUCCGCCAAAGCUGCUAUUGACUGGUUUGAUGGAAAAGAGUUCAACGGCAAGCCCAUCAAAGUAUCUUUUGCUACCCGGAGAGCUGAGUUCACGCAGAGAGGAGGUGCGAGUGGAGGUGGAAGAGGGGGGCGAGGAGGUUUCAGAGCUCGCGGCGGUGGCGGAGGACCGAGCUUUGACAUAAAGGGAGGCGACUGGCCCUGUCCCAACAGCUCUUGUGGCAACAUGAAUUUUGCACGGCGGCAAGAGUGUAACAAGUGUGGCACUCCGAAACCAGGAGACGCAGGAGGAGACCGUGGAGGAAGAGGCGGUUAUGGCGGCGACAGAGGAGGUGGUGGCUUCAGAGGUCGUGGGGGCUUCCGUGGUGGAGACCGUGGAGGCUACGGAGGAGGAGGCGGCUUUGGUGGAGGGGGAUAUAAAAUGGGUGCAAGAGGCGACCGUAGAGACGACAGAAGAGAACGGCCAUACUAGGGGUCGAGUGGAUGGAAACCAUCUCAGCCGCUGAGUUCACCAUAGAUUGAGGGAGGGAAAAUUGGGGGGGAGGGGGAGGUACCGGCAAUCAGACAGUCUGAUUUGUGCACCCUUUUAGUAGCCAGUGCAUCCCAACUAUAGCUCAUGAAAGAGGGGGGGGUUGUGUUGAGCUACUGUAUAGGGACUCUGAGGCUGAUUGGCAUGUGGUCAAAUGUUUAGUUUUUUUCCUCUGCUUCUGUUUCAUUUCUUUGUACAUCUUUUUAAUUUCCUCUCCGAUUCUAGUUGCAGAUGUUAUUGUGAGGUAGACUUCGUAUCUUUGUUUUUGUAUGAACGGAUUACGUGUUUUACUUGGGUUUUUUUUUUUUUUUUUCUUAUUUUAUUCCUCAAAAUGACAUUAAAAGACUGAUCUUUU